AGAAGAAGAAGAAGAAGAAGAAGAAGAGGAAAGAAGGAAGCAGGAAGAAGGAAGAAGUAGAGGUAGAAGAAGAAGAAGAUCAGAGAAAAAGAUUCAGACAUGACGACUCUAGGCCUUGAAAUUACAGAGCUGAGGUUGGGUCUUCCAGGAGGCAAUCCGGCAAAGGAGAAAAAUGAGAAGAAGAGGGCGUUUUCAGAGAUUGCCGACGACGAGCACAGCUCGAGCAGCGGAGACCGGAAAUCCAAAACCAAAGCCCAAGUUGUUGGGUGGCCGCCGGUCUGUUCCUAUCGCAAGAAGAACAACGUUCAUGAGAAAGAAAGCGCCAAAAUGUACGUGAAAGUCAGCAUGGACGGUGCUCCAUUCCUGCGUAAGAUCGACCUCAACACCCACAAAGGCUACUCGGAUCUCGCCGUCUCCUUCGAGAAGCUCUUCGGUUGUUUUGGCAUCGGUGGUGUUUGGGAGGAUUCGGACAGCUCGGAAUAUAUUCCAAUUUACGAGGAUAAGGACGGAGACUGGAUGAUGGUGGGAGACACACCCUGGGAGAUGUUUACUGAAUCAUGCAAGAGGCUGAGGAUAAUGAAGAGGUCAGAUGCAAAGGGUUUUGGGUUGCAAUCAAGAGGCUCUGAGGGGAAUUUCAGGCACUGAUGUGUGGAGAAAAACGAGUUGAACUGAAAUUUUGAUGAUAAUUCUCUAAUUUGUUGCUUUAGACAUUAUUCCAGUUUGUUCAGAACAAAAUUGGUGUCAUCAAUUGUGUUUAAUCAGACUUUCUUUUUGUUUAAGCUUUUGAAUACUGUAGAUCUGGGCACAACUCAGUGAGGAAGGUGAUUUGCCCCUCCUCUCUCUAUACAUUUUAAUGUCAUGUGAUAGAGUAAAUACAUAGAUAGUUGGUUA